AUGGCGAGAGCGGCUCUCGAAAUAACCUUAUCGCUUGCAUCACGCACGGCUGUUUUACGUUCGUCAUGCCAGGCAUGGCGUUCAUGCGGGAAGAUUGUGUCCGACUGUAGCCGCCCACAGGAGACGAAUUGUUGGAAUUGCAGUGAUGCUGUCGAGUGUACAAAGCAGUUCUUUUGUAAUCAUUGUCACACUAUACAACCACCUCCCGAAACUCAAAACUUGUUCGAAUACUUGGGACUACCAGUGUCUUUCGAAAUUGAAGACUCUUUACUCAAGAAAAGGUUUCGUGAGCUACAGUUUCAACUGCACCCGGACAAGUUUGCUCGAGCAUCAGAUCACGAGAAAGAGAUAUCCGAUGAGCAUUCUCGGAAGUUGAACGAAUCCUACAAGACACUAUCGGAACCGCUGCUUCGAGCCAAAUAUUUGCUGAAAAUUUUGGGAGAGAGCAAUGGGACAGGUGAGAUAUCAGAAAUGCCUCGUGAUGUGUGA